UGACGUUUUCUGACGUUUUGAAUUGAAAAUUAAAAUAAACGGGGACUUGAAAUCAACUAAAAUCUGAACAUAAAGGGAGGGGAGAUGAAAUAGAGAAUCAAGUAUCAAGAUAUGACAGUAGAUAAUAGACAUACAUGAGAAACCUUUUAGUGGUAGUGGUUCAAACAAACUCAGAAAUGAGUAGACUCACCAUUUAUAGGAAGAAAGGGUGAAAUGAAUCAAAAUACGUAACUGAGAAUGAGCGAGUCAAUUGCAAGACUUCAAGUAGUAACAUAUGAUUCGCAGCAUUGGAUAUAAAGUCGAAUGUCAUAUGUCAAGAAGAAUACAAGUGACUGAAAGUAAACUGUUGAAAGCUGAAUAUGCCGUGGUUCGUAAGACAUCACAGCAAUAACUCAGAAUGGAAAACUGUCAACGAUUUCCUAAAAUGAAAGCCCGAAAGAAUUUUCAAAAAAGCAAGUCAACAUCCAAAUAAUUAGAUACUUCAGAGAAAUCGUGUGCUAAAAAAUAUCUGAUCCUAUAUAGAACGGAGAAUCAAACUCAAUCGAUAAAUACUGGGGCUCUAGGGAGUAUCAGAUAAAUAAUUCUAAUAAUUACCAAAUUAGUGGCCAGUGAGAUUCACAAACAAAACUCCAAUUAUGGCCAUGUGAUCGAAACGUGAAAGAUGUGGAGUUGAUCUCAAGCAGAUUACGUCGGGUUGAUCAAAUAGGACGCUUACCUAACUCAGUGCUUCAACAACUUGCCCUUUGCGGUUAUUAUGAGGAUUUGGAGAAAGGUGUAACACUGUUCCGCCAAGGAGAUACAGGCAAAUGCUGGUACGCCGUCAUGACGGGGGUAUUAGAAGUCAGGAUAUUGGCGCCAGAAACAGAUAGCAAGAUUCCUAUCACUCUUUGUACUCUCGGAAUUGGAGCUACUUUUGGAGAAUCAAUUCUUCAAGAUCUACCUAGGGAAAGUACGAUAGUUACACAAACAACCUGUGAACUUCUCAGAGUGGAACAACAGGAUUUCAAGCUCAUAUGGGAGAAGAACAAAGAGCUGAUGAGUGAAUUAAUUUCCAAUUGCAAGCUGAAAAACGGCUUUGGCACCAAUAUGAGUAUUAGCAGAGGGACAAUGCAAACCAGUUCAUCACCAACCAGAGGCUCGGUGUCUCCUGAUCAACCCAAUCCUGCCGAACCCAUUACAGAAUCUCCAACCAUGACCAUCGGAAGAAUUGGGUGGGCUCUAAGAAUAUUACUCUUGACUCGAAAUACUUGUCUGAAGGAUCGGAAAGUAUCAGGUAGACUAAUACGAAGAUGCGCGCCCGGGACUGAAUUGGUUGAUUGGUUGUUAAGUUUGUCUUCUGGAAUACAUACGAGAGCACAAGCAGCAGGUAUGUGGCAGUGUCUUCUGGAAGAAGGAGUUAUUUCACAUGUCAAUAAAGAGCAACCUUUCAAAGAUAAAUGCUUCCUCUAUCGAUUCUGGCAGGACGAAGAAGGAGCCACAGCACUUCCUCCCUUAGAAGAUAUUGCUACUGCGGAAGAUCAGCUUCAAGAAUCAUUGGUUGUUCUUAUGAGUAGAGGACCAGAUGCCGUUCUGAGAAUGAUCCUAAGAAAACCAAAUCAUGAGAGAACACCUGAUGAUUUGGAGACCAUUUAUGAAGAAUUACUUCAUAUAAGGGCUUUAGCGCAUCUUUCAAAUUCAGUCAAACGAGAGCUGGCUUCUGUCGUUGUUUUUGAAGCACAUCCUCGAGCUGGAACAGUCUUAUUCCACCAAGGUGACGAAGGACGUUCAUGGUAUAUAAUCGUCAGAGGAUCAGUCGAUGUGGUCAUCCACGGUAAAGGUACGGUAAAUACCUUACACGAAGGCGAUGAUUUUGGAAAAUUAGCACUGAUAAAUGAUGCACUAAGGGCUGCCACAAUUGUCUUGAGAGAAAAUAAUUGCCAUUUUCUGAGAGUAGACAAGGAAAAUUUCAAUAGGAUUCUUCGAGAUGUGGAAGCUAACACAGUCAGACUCAAGGAACAUGGCAAGGAUGUGUUGAUACUUGAGAAAAUCAACACAUCGACGAAACAUUUUAGUAAUAAUUUCAAAUAUACUGUGAUGGCUGGAACACCACAGAAAAUGUUAGAGCAUCUAUUAGAAACAAGGUUAGAUGGAAGAGGAUGUGGAGGAAGCGGAGACAACUCAACUUAUUCAGCAUCGGAUUCAUUUUUAGACGAUUUUCUACUGACACAUAUCGUUUUCUUACCAACACAUCAACUAGUAGAGGAACUGGACAGAUACUAUCAUAUAGAUCAACUAAAUCAAGAUAGAGAGUUUAUUUUAGCCUGUAAACGAAGAGUUAUUCAGUUCGUAUACAGAUGGGUUACCACGAUUCGCCAUCCUGUGUUCGAAGAUGAGUCUGCAGUCGUAUUCUUGGAAGACUUGGCACAAGAUUUGGAGGCAGAUUGCAACCAAUUGAAUUCUCUACAAGAAGAGGCCACUUUAAUGCAUCACGUCAUUUCACAACUGAGGAGGUAUCAAGAUGAUCGAAGAGCUCAUGAGGGCCAAAAAUGGAAACUUCCUCCACAAGGCCAACCUAUCAGUUUAUUUGCUGGUGGAGCAAUAAAUAGGACCAUUAUCAUGCCACAGGACGAUAUCAUUUUCAGAGUAUACUGUGCGGACCACACCUAUUGUACUUUAAGACUUCCUGUGGACACACCGGCGGAAACGAUAAAAUUAGUAUCUGCUGACAAAUUGAAAAUGAGGGCGAAUGAUGAUUUGCUCCUAGUUGAGGUCAAGUCUAACGGAGAAAGAGUUCUAUUCAAAGACGAAGACAUCAGUAUUCCUACAGCUUUAUCUAUAAAUGGAAGAAUAUUCGUAUCACCCAAAGAUCAUUUGGAUGCUCUGACCUGUUUAUCAGAGCAAGAGGAACCAACGCAAGGAAUUGAAGCAGAUUUAGAAUUAUUUAGUACCAAGGAAUUAGCUUACCACAUGACUCUAUUCGAUUGGGGCCUUUUUUGGUGUUUACAUGAAUACGAGCUCGUCUACCAUACUUUUGGUCGACAUCAUUUUGGACAAAUUACUGCUAACUUGGACGUCUUUCUACGUAGAUUCAACGAAAUUCAAUUCUGGGUAGUGACCGAGAUAUGUAUGACUCCUAAUCUCAGCAAACGUGUGGCACAAUUAAGAAAGUUCAUAAAACUAGCUGCUUAUUGCAAGGAAUACCAAAACCUCAAUGCUUUUUGCGCCAUAAUCAUGGGCCUUAGCAACAUGGCAGUUUCGAGACUUACUCAGACGUGGGAAAAACUACCAUCGAAAUUCCGUAAACUUUACACUGAAUUCGAGUCCCUCAUCGAUCCAAGCAGAAAUCACAGAGCAUAUAGGUUGAGUGUGGGAAAACUCCAGCCUCCUGUUGUGCCAUUUAUGCCUCUACUUAUCAAAGACAUGACUUUCACUCAUGAAGGAAACAAAACUUGUCUAGAAGGCUUGGUGAAUUUCGAGAAAAUGCAUAUGCUGGCCCAGACGCUCAGAACAAUUAGAUUUUGUAGAAGUCGACACUUAGUUCUGGAACCACCAUCGCCGAAGAGUGAGGGAGAAGUUAAAUCAUACAUAUCUUGCCUGAGAGUAAUCGAUAACCAAAGAGUAUUGACCAGUAUGUCCCAGAAACUGGAGCCUAAACGUUCUUAGUGGAACUAUAUUACUGUGAAAUUCUUUGAGUGGGCCUGCUGGCAUUGUUGUUUUCUUUGCCCAGUGUUCUACCAUUUACAAUUCUACAGACCAAGACCAAGUUAUGUAUAGUUUGAGUAUGCAUGUGAGUAAUUAUAUCAGCAGAAAAGUAUUCGAGAUUGAGAAACCAUAUUUUAGCUAUGCCGAAAUGAAAUCAAGUCAAUUUAAAUAAUCUUAAUGAUUUCAUGAAAACUGCAAAAAGUCCAGAAAUUAUUCGUUAUAAAGCUUAACUGAGAUACAGACCCGUACAAUGGACCGAAAAAAUCAGUUUCCAAAAAUGUUAAAAAAAGAUAAUUGGAGAUUAAUAUCAUGUGCUCAACGAUUUUGAUUUUCACUAUGAUCGUAAGAGGUGGAAGAACCCCCAUUGAAACUUUGAUUUCACCAAACUUCAUGUCUUACUAAUCUCACUAACUUGUUCAUUUUGUUUAGCAUAUAAAUUUAUAGUUAAAUUCAUUAGAAUAUAGGCUGAUAAUUCAAUCGAACUUGACUGCAUCUUAGAAGAAGAUACCAUAAUGAUAUUCCAUUAUAUCGAGUUUGCCAUAAUGAAAUAAAAAAAUAAGCUACUGAACAAAAUUUAAGUACCCCUUAAUUUCACUCUAUACCUACUGAAACGGAUCAGUAAUUUUUUUUCUGAUAUUUCUACGACUUUACAGCAUAAACCAAGAGAACUCUUUCGUUCAGAAUUGGGCUUUAUGCAAGGAAAUUCAAAAAGAUAGGUACCUACCUAAAUUAAAAGUAUAGGUAAAAGAAAACGAGUUCAGCUGUAGUGGUUCUUUUCAACCUACAUAGUGAAGGCCCAAGAAAUGUUUAAUUGGGUAACUUUUCUAUAGUACUCUUUCUACGUUCUCCCUCGCGUUCUCCUUACAGAAUGUAUCUCAACAGGAGAGCCAACUUACUAUUCAAAACGGAAUUAUUUUCUCAAUAUUUUUGUAGUUCAAUAUUUCAUAAUUCGUGUUUUGAAAAGAAAAGUAUAUUUUAAGUACUAGGUACCACAAUAAUUCAGGUCCACAACAAUGAUUGCGAUUAGAAAUAUUAGUAGUAAUAAGAAACUUUAUAUCAUUUACCUUGUAUUAGCCAAAUAUAUACAACUAGCUAAAUAAGUCUCGAUGCAUGUUGUCAAAUUGUUAAUGACUACUCUCAUUUCGGCAUCUGUUCAAAAUUGCUGAAUUAUGAAAAUAUUCUCAUAUCAUACAAAUUUUGAUAGAAUAUAGCUUUUUUGUUAUAGAAUAAAAUAAAUUUUCAAAGCAAUAAAUUUCAAUAUAUAACUUCCUAAUAACAUCUACACAAAGAAUUGAAAUAUUCUAAUUAUUAUGCACAAAUCAAAAAUUAUAGUAAUUUAAAAUUAGAAUAAGCAUAUAUUAUAUGUUAAAUUGUGAUCUUCCAUGAGCUGUUUUCGUUUUGUAAAAGACAUUAGGGAACGAUAAACACUUGGAAAUCUUAGCAAUUAUUCUUUCUUCAGAAAUUCGUCUUCUCGAACUCAGAACUAUUUCCAGGUUUAUUGUGUUUUCUCUGAUUUUACAAACACGACAGUGUUUUUCUCUAAAUUUAAGCUUCCUCAUGGAUUUGUUGAGACAAUCACGUUGAUCUGUAUCUGAUAAAACUUGUAUUAUAUUAUAUGUGAUGGUACUGAUCAACAAAAAUUCUAUGUUAAGAAUUCGUGGUAUUGAUUUAGCGUCUUAAAUUUAACUUAUUUUUGUAAUAACAUCUAAUGACUAUUAUAACUACUUCUGAAUUAGGUAGAAAAAACACUAGAGUGAGUAUCUACAUUCCUCGAAGCUGAAAUGUAAUUUCUUCCUAACUAAAAUCCAAACUAGAAAAUGUAUUUUGUGAAUCUCUCAAGAUAGGUUUGUUAAGAAUAUCAUCUUCCACUUUACUAAGAAAUAGGAAUCAAUAAAUAUUUUUCUUUUAAAAUUCAAAAUUAUCUAUCUGUAUGUGAAAUUCAAAUUUGAACCAACUUCUUCAUUAUAUUUUGAUAAUUCGUUACUAAUUUGAAAACUGUUACUUGAAAUUUUGGAGAAUUCAUUCAAACUACCUCAUAAUUAUAUGGGUUACCCAUAGUUAUAAAUUUUAUAAAAUUAAAUUCUUAUGUAAUAGUAGAACAAUCUGAAAGAAAGUAAUUGUUUAUUGUAUAAUGUAGAUAUUAGAAAAAACAAUACCCUACCUAUUGGAAUUUAUACUUCUAUGCAGGACCGCUACCAGGACCGGCAAACCAGACAUUUUGCCGGGGCGCCAAAUUAUAAUGGCCCAAAGUCAGUCCAUAAAACAAGACCUAAUUCCUGACAUAAAAAUGUUUUCUUAGUGGCAAAUAAAUUUGCCAGGAGCCAUUUUUUUUAAAUCAAAUAGGUGCUCUCAACUAUAGUUCUAAAAAUACAAAUAGGUUCUAAAAUGCAGCUUUAAAAACAAUGUCUUCCUACUAUUCACUUAUACAGCUUCGUACUUCUGAACAUUCGGAGCGUUUUUUAAAAUCUGUUAUAAUCUUCACAAGGGGAUUGUAAGUUGAAAAAAACGAUUUCAUAUGAAAUUGAAAAGAUGCCUGAGAGGAAUAUUGGAGGCUCUUUCAAAGAAAAUUCAGUUGAAGUAGCAAAAGCAAGAGGGUAAAAUUUUAUUUGGCCGGGACGCUAAAAUGUCUGGCAGCGGCCCUGCUUCUAUGGUCUAGUCAACUUUUUUCGUUUCAAAUUUUUUCUGUCGCUAAUGACAAAGUGGUAAGGAAAACACUCCAAUACAUGUAAAUGAAAAGUUGUAAUCAAUUCAAUUUAUGUACUCCAAUUGAAAUAUACCACAAUAUAUUAUAUUCCAUUAAAGCA